CUCGAGCCGGCGCGCGCGCAUCGUCGCGCUCGGAAACCAAUCUUAAACCGCACGUGUACGCCGAUUUCGAUUUUUAUCUGUGGGAACGUUGCAUUAACUGUGAGAACUGUGACCUUGUGUGUGUUGCUUUGAAUUCGGAAGCUUUUACGUUCACGAUGCGGCAGAAACGGAGUCUCGUUAUAGGAAUUCUUCUAGUAUUACAUAUGAGCGGAACGUUGAGCGAACAGACGUCCAACGAAAGCGGCGGUGGCGGUGGGCCGAGUUCAGAUACGAACAGCGUGGCAGAGUCAUCCAGCGACCAACUAGCAAUGGAGUCAUCGGAGAGGGAAACACCAAGUCAUGCUUACAAUGGUCCACCACCUCCAGUACCGCCGCCUCACAAUAGGAGACAAAAUCCGCAACACCAUCAGCCACACCAUCCCAUAGGUAUGCCUCGGAUUCCUAAUCAUCAUCAAAUUCACUCGAAGCCUUUCGCCCUUGGACCGCCUGUCAAUCACCACAAAAACGAACUCGGACCCGGAUUCCGUGGACCUCCACCGCCUCAAGCACCUCCAACUGAUGCUCAAACUGCGGCCAGCGACAAGGUUUUCAGCACCACAGGAGAUGUCUGGCCAGCCCCAGCACCUGACAUGCCCAAGAUUCUCUCACUCGAUGUCAAGUGUGAAAAGAAUGCAAUGAGAGUCUUUCUCAGUUUCGACAAACCAUUCUUCGGUAUCGUCUUCUCAAAAGGACAUUAUUCAAAUCACCAAUGCGUCCAUCUUCCACCUAAUCUAGGCAGGACAUCAGCUUCGUUUGAAAUCGGUGCACACGCUUGUGGAACUGCGGGCAGUGGAGACCCACGGUAUCGAGGCGACGUUGCUGCAGCCGGAACUUAUUUUGAAAAUGUAAUAGUAAUUCAAUAUGAUCCCCAAGUUCAAGAGGUAUGGGAUCAAGCACGAAAAUUGCGCUGCACGUGGCACGAUCAGUACGAAAAAGCAGUUACAUUCCGACCUUUCCCAGUAGACAUGUUAGAUGUAGUAAGAGCCGAUUUCGCCGGCGACAAUGUUGGUUGCUGGAUGCAAAUCCAGGUCGGAAAAGGACCUUGGGCAUCUGAAGUAUCGGGACUCGUCAAGAUUGGACAAACAAUGACUAUGGUAUUAGCGAUCAAAGAUGACGAUGCGAAAUUCGAUAUGUUAGUUCGUGACUGUGUAGCUCAUGAUGGUCAACGCGCUCCUAUACAAUUAGUCGAUAGGCGAGGCUGUGUAACAAGACCUAAACUCAUGUCAAGGUUUACGAAGAUCAAAAACUUUGGAGCUAGCGCAUCAGUACUUUCAUAUGCUCACUUCCAGGCAUUCAAGUUCCCUGAUUCAAUGGAAGUGCAUUUCCAAUGUACAAUUCAGAUUUGCAGAUAUCAUUGUCCCGACCAGUGCUCCGACGGCGGUCAUAACGUAAUUGCUCCGCAUGCUGAAUAUGGACCACCUCAAAUCGAUCAUCAAUCAUAUCCAGUUGGUGUAGAAAUAAGGAGAGAUGAACGCAGAGUGAGAAGGCAACGACGGGCUACUUCGCCCGAAAAAGAAGUCGGCGUAAACAGAGUUAUUCGAGUAGUGUCUGCUGGUGAUCUCAAUCUAGAUUCCGCGGAAGAAAGUAUGGCGCCGAAAAUUGUACCUACACCAGGCCUUGUUUGUAUGACAACUCCAGGAUUUGCUGCAACACUUGGAGCUCUCCUGAUCACAUUAAUAUGCUCAUCUGCGAUCUCUGCAGUAUUAUUUUUCAAACUGCGUCCUAUAUCAAAAUUGAAGAAGAAAACCGCCGUUGUUUCUACGAUACCGAGGCCGCACCCGACGACAGGACCGCACGUUAUUUCAAAAAGUCGAUUUUACUCGUAACAUUUUGACAAAUCUAUUUUAAUAAAAUUUGUAAAUAGUAGUGUAAUGAGACUGAAGUAGGACCAUGCCAAUACAUUAUUUAUUAAUGUGCUCAAAUAAUUUAUACAAUUGGAAAUCGUUUAGUUUAUUUCUCUUAUAAAUUUAAUAAAAACGAAUUAAUGAAAACAAAUAAAGAGUGAAAUAUAAACUCAAGCCAUUAUGAGACUUCAGUUAAGUUCGUAUAUAUAGUUAAUGAUAAAAAUGCAUUUAUAAUGUUGAUGCAGUUGAUUUCAAUGAAUGGAUCAAAAAGUAGGAGUAGGUAAUUGCACAAAAGAAUAACAAAAUGCAUUUUGCGACUCCAUAAUGAAAAUUUAACGUAGACAUGACUUCUGUAACCUUAUUUCAGAAAAAUAUAAAAGCAAGAAACUUCUGGACUGAAUCUCCAAAAAGUUUAACAAAAUCAUCCGAAAUUAAUACUUUUGAUAAAAUCGCUUCAGCCCAUAUAUGUAAAUGUACCUAAACAAAUUGUUGACUUUGUGCAGUUACCGCUAAUUGAUUGAAAUGGUUAUGGAAACGGACAAAAGUUUUGACAAACCCAAAUGUAGUAUUAAAACGUCAUAAGUACAAUCUUCUGUUACCUCUUUUCGAAUGUGCUUUUGAUACAGGGGCAACGGAAAAUCGAAUACGUGGUAUAGCAUCAUUUAGGUAAACCGCUAGAAAUAGUUUAAAGUAACUUGUCAUUAGUAUUAAUAUUAUUUAUUUUAGUUAAGUUAUUGUUAUAGUCAUUAUUUAUUUAUUAGCUGUUACUAUUUAUUUUUACCACCUGAGUACCUCUUCUUCUUUAUUGUUUUAUUUUAUUUUUGUUGUCUUGUUUUACUUUUGAUAAUAUAGUUCUACGAGAUGUUGAAGAUAGUUGUCAAGUUUUAUGGACACCUCAUUGUAAACAUGUUUCAAAAUUUUCGCGUUAAUUUUAGGGAAUAAUAUCACCAACAAAAUAUGUAAUAUUGAAUUAUAUCUAAACAAUUUGAGAUAAUAAGCCAAUUUUAUUUACCUGACCUAUCCAAAAAGUGCCCAAUAAAGUUGAAAAUUUCAUCA